AUGUCCCGCGAGAUGCUAUUCUGCUCUCUAUUUAAGAGAUCGCAGCUAGCAUCGUCUCACCAGCGCCAGCGCGACUCUACAAUACCUCUGAUGGACCUCUCAUCACUCGCGGGUCCCCCCCUCGCUGAUCCGAGGGCCAAUAUUCCUAAUAAUUCCACAUUUCCUCGUAUCGAGGAAGAACCCCCAACGCCGGAAACUCCGAGUCAUUAUCACAGUUACUUCAACCUCUACACGAAGCCAUUACCCCCACGGCCUGCCUCGGCAGACCCUCUCGACCUUCGACCAUCACGGCACCCAAUAUCAAAUAUUCAUAUUGUCAACUCUCUCACCGAUCCUGGUCCCUCCCGGAGUGAUAGCCAUCUGCGGCGCAUGCCCGCGCAAAGAGGCAGGAGGAGACCUUCUAAUGAGUUGCGGCCCGGUGACGGCAUCAGCGCCGCAGACCCAGUACGAGAAGUCCGUUCCCGAUCGCCCCCCGUGAAUCCAUAUCUAUAUACUGAGUGCCGGGUGCCCAGAAGGCCUCGAAGUGCGCCUCUCGUUUGGUCGGAAGAGGAGGAGCUAUGGGUGGUUACUGGGGGCUCUGCAUCGUCACCGCGUCCACAAAUCCGGCAUGAUCGGCCACCCCGACUCGAAACGCACAUGAGCGAACCAUUCCUAUCGAGGGGGGACAAUGUCGAUGAGGAAUUCAACCAUAGUGCACUCUCACCUCCGCCUUCGUAUGAUAGCCAUGGCUUCAGUCAUACGCACGUGGUUCUACAGCAGCGGGGCGCCGAGUCACGAUGGGGCGCCGUUGCGCGGCGUAUGCAUCAUUUCUCGAAUUGA